GGCUGCGCUCCUCCCCCCGCCCCGGCGCCGCUGCAGUCGUUUCCUGCCCGGCCUCCUGCGAACCGGGCGCCGCGCGGUGCCGGGUGAGGAUCUUAACUGGCCAAGAUGCCUGUCAACGUCAACGAUGUGAUGCAACUUUUCUGCCAUCUCUCUCAGGAGAAGGGGAUGAAAGCUGCUGUCAAACACUCUGGUCGAGGAGCACUGCUAGCCGGUGCAUCAGCGUUUAUUGGGGGUCUGAUGGGAGGUCCACCAGGAAUUGCUGUAGGAGGAGCAUUUGGUGGAAUUCUUGGUGCCUGGAUGACUGCAGGACACUUCAGGCCAGUCCCUCAAAUUCUAAUGGAAUUGCCUCCAGCUGAGCAGCAGAAACUCUAUGAUGAAGCUGUUGUUAUUCUCAGGAAUUUAGACUGGACUGAUGUUGCUCAACUGACUGCUCUUGUAAUGGGAAAUACUAAUCUUCAGCAGAAACUGACAGCAGUGCUGAUAAAUUACUUCUCCAAAGAGCUAAGAGCAGAGAUACAAUAUGGAGAAUAACCCUACCCAGAGCAGGCUUUUCACAGUGAUGAGUUUUAGUCUGAGGAUUGCGAUUCUUCCAACUUAGCAAUUACUAAUUACCAGUAUGAACUAUGAAUAGACAGAUCUAAGUUUUAUUUUGACUUCUGGAUUUGGGGGUUAUUGGUUUAUU